AUGAGAGUUGAAUUCUACGGAUGCAGAACUGAUCCAUGUGAUGUUCCCCUCGGUCUUCAAGAUGGUCGUGUCACCCCAUCUAUGCUCACGGCUUCCUCCAUGUACAACCACUACUACGGUCCUUGGAGUGCGAGGCUCCAGGCGCGGAACCAUGGCUCCACUCGAGGAGGCUGGAUUGCUAAGUACAAUAAUAAUAAGCAGUGGCUGCAGAUUGACUUGGGAGCCAAGUCCAGAGUGAAGAGAAUCUGUACCCAGGGACGUUAUGAUGCCAACCAGUUUGUCAAGUCUUACACGGUGUCUUACAGCCAGAAGGGCGACAAGUUCGUGCCAUACACUGAGGGAAGGAAGAUAAGGAUAUUCAAAGCCAAUAUCGAGAGGUACUUUGUGGUCACUCAUCGUUUCUUCAGGCCAUUUGUGGCUCGUUAUGUGCGCAUAAAUGUCCGCAGUUGGUACGGCUACAUUUCCAUGAGGGUUGAACUGUACGGCUGUAGACUGGGUCGUCUAUGUAAUCAGCCAAUGGGACUACAAAAUGGACGUCUCAGAAAUCACCUGAUGAAGGCAUCCUCUCAAUGGGAUAGAUACCACGCUGCUUUCUUGGGGCGGCUCCAUCGCCCGCGCGUUGGAAAGUACAUGGGAGCAUGGUGUGCAAGGAGCAAUAACCGAUAUCAGUAUCUUCAGAUUGACUUCACAAGGCUGGCUAAGAUUAUUAAGAUGGCCAUUCAAGGCCGCCAGGAUGCAAAUCAAUGGGUCACGCAGUAUUACAUAACGCACAGUGUAAAUGCGAUCAAUUUUGUGGAGUACAAAGAGCGAAAUAAUAGAAAGGUAGCACGAUGCAUCUUACAUAUUUGA